AUGAGUCGUGCUUAUAUUCUUUACUUUAUUGCGAUUAUAGUUGAAGGAUGUAGAGCUCCGUUUUGCUUUAGCAAGAUUAAAUUUGAUCCAUCCAAAUAAAUCACAUCUCAAUGAGCAACAAAACAAGUAUUUUUAUAUGCCUUGAAAAAUAGUAGCGAAAGUUUUAAAAAUGUAACAUAUCAUUUUACU